AUGAAAUUCGGCAGCUUUAAAUCAGUUUGUCGCUCAAGUACUCUCCCGAUAUGCAAUAUAUUUUUGGGGAAUUUUGAACCAUACUGUCUGUUGAGAGGGCUUGGACAUGUAUUUGGGAUCCGAAUAAAAAAUCCAUUGGAUGUUUUUUUUGCUUCUAUAUCAGCAUUGGUUGCACUAUGGCUUAUUAUUCGGUCUCAGUCAAAAUAUGCAGCAGUUGGCCGACGGGAGAUGCAGAUAUUGAUUUUAAUCUAUUUUUUCAUUAGUAUUUGCCAAAUAUUUACUAUUGGGGGAUUUAUUACUGAUGCCAAAGUAUUUGGGUAUUUUACGGCUGCCCAUAUAAGUUUUAUAGUAACGUUUUUCUGGGUUCUUUUAUUAAAUGCAAUUGUUGGAUAUCAACUAUUUGAAGAUGGAACUAUUUUUUCAAUUUCAUUAUUGGUUGUCCCUUCUAUAUUAUUAUUUGUUGGUUCUGGAUAUAUUAUUUUAGAUUCAAUGUUUUUUUGGAGCGAUACUUUUAUAGAUAAUUAUUAUGCGCUUCGAAAUUAUGGAGCGUAUAUUUUAUACUUUUUGUGGCCUCUUGUUUCUAUUGUUGGGUAUUUUGUAUUGGAGUUUAUAUUGGUUUUUAAAGUAUUGGAAGAAUGGAAGCCUUUAUUAUUACUAUCGGGUUCUUUAGUCUCAUUCAUAGUUGGUCAAAUAUUUAAUUUUGUUGCAAGCAGACAUAUUUGUCACAUUGUGCAUGGAAAAAUAGAUGGCUCAUUUAUUGAAACAAUUUUUCUCCUUAUAAGUAUGAUUCUUUUAUUUAAAUUUUGGGAUUCAAUUACAGAAGAUGAUUGGGAAGAGCCUAUGUUUCAAGAAACUCAAAUGAGUAGUGUUCCGAAAUUCGAUUUUUCUCCAUAA